AUGGGGAAGAAUCAAGGUUACAAGGCUAUGCAAAGAGCCAGAGUUGGCUCCAGCUCCGACGCACCUAAUGAGAUCGAAGACGGCAUGGUGGAUGGUUCAUUUCAUACACCAGAGUGGCAUGCUGCUCGUUUGGCCAGUCUCAAGACUACACACACAAUUACUUGGGAAGAAUAUAAGAAUAAGCAAAAGGAAGAAGAAUUGAAACAAGGGGAACUUGAAGCAGAUACCGAUAAGUUGAUGCGUGAGUAUAGAGCUCAGCUGGAUGCUGAAAGGGCAAUGAAGCUUUCUAAGGGAAGGAACUAUUCUAGCGAUAAAUCCAGAAAAGAUAGAAAGGAUAGAGAUUCAAAGAAAAAUAAAAGCAAAAAGAGAAAGCAUUCGAGAAGGCGAUCAUCUGACUCAAGCUCAUCCUCAGAAUCAUCAAGUAGUGACGAGGAGGAAUCUAGAAGAUCGAGGUCAAGUUCUAAAAGAUCAAAAAGGGACAAGAAACACAGUUCUAGAAGCAAGCACUCAAGCAAAAGUAAAGACGAUGCUGAUGGUCCUGUACCGCUUUCGAAAUUCUUUGGCAGUCUUUAA